CAGCAUAUCACCUCAAUCAGCAUUGAGCCCGGUGUAAGGUCGAGGUAACCCUACUGACGCAUAUGCUGUUUUCUUCUCCAAAACUGGAGACGGAAAAUAAUUACUUGCACGUGACUUCUAUACAGAAACUUUUAGUCGGGUUCGGAAGCUGUCUCGUUUCACCACGGCGGCGCUUUAUCAGAACCACGAUUUUACAGUUUGCCGACUACCUGUAUUUACAACACAAUUACUGGAUUUUAUUAGCUAAUUUGGCUACAUCCACUGACUGUGAAAAAAGCGACUGUUUACAAGAUUGCAAGCCAGCGACCGACAUAGCUAUCCAGAUGCCGAGCCGAGUUAGCAACUUGAAGCGGCGAAAGGGGAUGUGCGCUGUUUCCUCAAGCAGGGUCCAUCUCGAGGUGAAGAGUUCAGAUAAGAGUUCAGGGAAGAGGAGGCAUGUUAAAAAAAUGAAAAUUGAAGACUCAAAAACAGAAAUGGCCCUGAAUGACUGGAUGGUUGGUGGUUGUAGGGAGUCAACAAGCAUUUCUGAGAGGCUCAGCUGCGAUGGUUGUGAGAGGCCUGAAAAGACAAGCUGUGGAGCAUCACCAGACCUGGAGGAAUUGUGGGAGGGUAAAGAGAACGGUGUGCGAUUGGAGUUGAAUUACUGUCAAACAAACGGGUUGCCAGAGAAGACGGAGGAUGACGAAACAGAAGAGGGUGUUGUGAUUGACAAGAGCGUCUUCCUUGAUGAUGACAGUAACCAGGUUCUUCCUGUGGAAAAGUUCUUUGGAAACAUGGAAGUUGUGCAGGAUUGUCCACGGAGAUCUACGGCCACUUCGACCUUCAGCAGGAGGGAGCACAGGAGACGACAGUACUAUGCCAAAGAGGACAGUGAUGAAGAGGGCUACACAGAAAUGCAGCAAGAUGAAAUAGUUGGCACUUAAUUUACAGAAAUAACUCAUUCCUAUCAAUAGGAUGGAAUAAAAUUUGUCCUUAAACGACCUUAACAAGCCUAACUUCACAGUUGAGCCUGAUAACGUGGAUUCGUUCAACAGAACCAGGGUAUCAAGUUAAUGUUUUGCCAGCAUAUACCCUAAAGUUAUACAUCUUUGUAUUAAUAUUUGCACUAACAAAACUUUGCUUUUCAAUUAUCUAUACUGUAUAUUGUUUAAAUGGUACAGGUUAAGUGCUCAGAUAGUUUUAUUUAUAUUGUAUCUUUUACAAUAUUGUUACUGAAUGCCUUAUGUAUGCACAAUAUUUGUAGUCAAAGUUGCAUUGCCAAUACAAGAACUUAAAUGUUCAAA